CACACACACAAGCGACUCUCAACUUCACUCUCACAGAGACUAUGAAUACACGCAAAAGACAGAAAACAGCACAAUUUAACAAUUAGAUACUUUGACAGUAUAAGUAGGCAAUGAAAUACAAUUGUAAAAUAAUACAGGGGUUGAAAAAAACAUCAAUUAAGAAACUUCUGAAAGAACGAAUCUACAAGGACUGGAUUUCAACAGCCAACAGCAUUCUACUGAGGAUCUGAAGAAUUUCUUCACUUGGAUUCACAAGGGAUUCACUUUGGAGCAUACACGAAACCAGCCCACGGAGAGAGAGAGAGAAAAAAAGAUUUGAGGAACAGAAUUGAAAAAUAGAGAGGGGUGGAGAAGGGAAGAGAUAAAGAGAGUUGUGGAAGAAGGAGAGAAGAUCCGCCAGGCACCGUGUCUAUUGGAGUCUGCAGAGAUGAGCCUGACCGGCACGCUGGAGAAAGGGGCGCACCACCAGACCCUGGACCUCUCUGAAGAGCUGCCCCCUCACACCCCCAUCUCCCACCACCAGCAGCACCACCACAGCCCCCAUCAACACCUCCAUCACCCCCACCACCUUCAGCUCCAGCAGGCCCACUCCCUGGCCUCCACAGCCCGAGCAGGGACACCGGUCAGUGGGUCGGCUGUGGUGGUGCCGCCCCCUUACUCCCUGGGCGAAGCCGGAGCUGGUGGUGGUGGAGGAGGAGGGGGUGGUGGCUCUGAUUCUCCGCUGGAGCUGCGUGGGUCGCUGGACUGCUGGGCGUGUUCGGUUCUGGUGACGGCUCAGAACCUGGUGAUCGCUGCCAUCAACGCCUGUCUGGCCGGAGUGGUGUUCGGAAUCAUCCUCACGCCUGCCAUCGCUAUGGUGACCUUCGGGUUCCUCUGUCACUCAACGGUGCGUCCACACGGUACGGGUACCGAGUACUGCUCGGACCUCCUGACGGACGGCGGCUGCGUGGCCCUGCUGGUGGUGGGCUUCCUGCUGGUCACCCCUCUCCUGGUGCUGGCGCUGGCCGCCUACUGCCGCCUGGCGCGCCACCUGCAGCUGGGCCUGUGCUUCAUCCCCUACAGCCGCGCCGUCUACAAGAACCUGCCCGCCUCGCAGCACCGCGGCAUGGGGGGAGGGGGCUGCUGCGGCGGGGGCGGGGGGGGCAAGACCAGCAAAGGGAAGGAGGGGAAGGCCAAGGUCUGGGUGUGA